AUGAAGAAUAUAGAUGAUUACUUAUAAACUUUGAAGGAAGGUAAAUGUCUUCCUGAAAGAGAUUUAAGAUUAAUUUGUGAAAAAGCCAAAGAGAUUCUUAUUGAAGAGUCAAACGUUUAACCAGUUAGAUCUCCUGUGAUUAUUUGUGGUGAUAUCCAUGGAUAAUUUUAUGAUUUAUUAGAAUUAUUUAGAGUUGGAGAUGAAAUUCCUAAUUCUAAUUACAUAUUCAUUGGCGAUUUUGUGGAUAGAGGUUAUAAUUCUGUAGAAACUCUUGAAUACUUGAUAUGUUUAAAAAUUAAAUAUCCUUAGCAUAUUACAUUAUUAAGAGGCAAUCACGAGUCAAGAUAAAUUACACAAGUUUAUGGUUUCCAUGAUGAAGUAGUAAGAAAAUAUGGUAAUUCUAACCCAUGGAAGUACUGCACAGAUGUCUUCGACUAUCUUCCAUUAGGUGCAAUUGUAGAUGGUAAAGUAUUAUGCAUACAUGGCGGUCUCUCUCCAGAAAUUAAGACUAUUGAUUAAAUUAGAAUAAUUGAAAGAAAGGUAGAAAUUCCUCAUGAUGGACCUUUUUGUGAUUUAAUGUGGAGUGACCCUGAAGAUAUUUCGAAUUGGGCUAUUAAUUCAAGAGGUGCUGGCUGGUUAUUUGGAGCUUAAGUUACAAAGGAGUUUAAUCACCUAAAUGGCCUGUAAUUAAUAGCUCGUGCUCACUAGCUUGUAGAGCAAGGCUAUUAAUAUUGGUUCCCUGAUAAAAACCUUGUCACAGUUUGGAGUGCUCCAAACUACUGCUACAGAUGUGGUAACAUAGCUGCUAUUUUAAAAUUAGAUGAAAAUUUAGAAUAAAAAUUCGAAACAUUUAAUGCUGUCACAGAUGCUUCAAAAUAAAUAAACCCAAAAUCUCUUCUUCCAUACUUCUUAUGA